CUUGUACCUCCGCUCGUUACACCCUUUGUUCUCUUCCUCCUGCGAGCUGCGCUGGCCGUCGUUUGACACGUCUUGCAAGGCCCGACAGUCAUCAUGCAGCUCCUACCCACCCCUUCCGCCGCCCCCUCCUCGAAGCCUCUCUCGUCGAAGGCGAAUACCCGGACAACGCGCCCACUCAAGGUCCACUUCAAGUUGCCCGUUAUCCAGAAGGCCUCUCCAACCGUCUCGGUUACCAACGCCAACGCAGCGCGCGCAAGCACAGCACUCAGUGCUAAUUCCGAGACUCAGUCUUCUGCUCCCGUUCUCUCCGAGGCUCGUUCUGCACCAACGAAUUCCGUCGCGUUCCCUUCUUCGCCCAUUCCCUGUCCCUCCAGGAAACGAGCUCAUAGCGAUGAUGGGUACGACUCCAGCAGUGGAGAAGACGAAGCAGCCACAGUCGAAGCUCGCCCGAGAACCAAAGAUAACGCACUUCCCUUCCACCGUCGAAUUUCCCACAUUGACAUCCUCCGUCGCCGUUCCAAGUCAUGCCUCGCCUCGUCUUACUUCCAUAGUGACUCUGCCUCGCCGCGGGACAAACCUCUGCCUCAAAUUCUCCAGGCCUUCCCGUCCGAGGACGUCGACAUGGCGGAUCAAUCCACACCACAACCUCCUAUGAAGAGAAGACCGGUAGCACGCCGCGAGAGCAUGAGUGCCGGCAACCCUUCAGGCAGGACAGUUCGCAAGGCCAGACGUGUCGUGGCCGACGCCCAAUUCCUGGCGUCCAUGCACAGCAGCAUCGCCCUUCGCGUGCGAACGCGUACUGAGAAUAACACUACGGUAACACGCGGUCCUGAUGAGUAUGCCGCGCAAGAUGCACUUCUCGUCGAACGCAUCUGGCACACUCUUAUUGACAUGGGAUACAAGCCCGUUCCCCUCGAGGAUGCUUCCCCAAUCUCCUCAUCCGUUCCUACCUCGACCUUCGUCGCCGCAGAGCCCACGCAGCACUCCCUGCCGCCUAUCGCCCGUGACGCAGCGCGCGAAGUCGCCGAACGCGCAGCCCGUCGUACCCAGGCCGUGUUGUCUCCAUCCUUUACGUUUGAUCGCGCACAGGACAUCGCACCUUCAUCAGGCAAUGGCGUUCUUCCUGUCCCACAGCUCAUCGCAACGCUUAUCAUGCGUCACCGCGAACGUGCGGCGACGCGCCCGAAGAGGCGCGCUCUUGGUGACGGGCCGCGGCCUCAGCCUGUCUCGCGCUCGCCUUUAUCGAGAUCUGCUACAUCUCUACCACCAUCGGCUGUGUCUCUAGUUCCCACUGCAACCCCUUCGUUCAUCGCCGCUCCGUCAUCUGGAUGAUGACUGCACGAGCUUGCCUCCACCUCCGAUUGUAUCCGUGGACCUGGAUACGCUCAUUCACGACCUGGCGUGCUGGGUAUACGACCGCCGCCAUUGACGAUUACAACAACGCAAACUGGUACAUUGCAUAAUCGUUAAUAACUAAUCUCCAUCCGUUCAUCUCUUGGUUUCCGUCUCUUCGUCAUCGUUCUCUGGAAUAUCGUCUUGUCUCAGCAAAGGAAAACAAGAAUUCUCGUAUGGAAUCCGGAACACAACAUUGCUCACAUCGCAUCAACAUAACCAAUCACCCUCCUUGUCUACUACUACCACCACCAAGCGCUAUAUCACUUACCAUCGGCGAUUCGACCUCGAAUUUCAGUCGCAGAUCGCCGGCCGACAUCGUAUUCGCUGCAACAACACCAUACGUCGUACAUACCUGUAUCUCUACCACCCCUUCCUGUCCCAUAGUGUUCUAUCACUCCCAACCCGCGUCCCUCAACCGUUGACAUUCGCCUCGGUACUCAUUACUCUCAACGCCUCUCGCAUUCCGUAUACCUCCUGCUUCCUGGCACACGCGUUUGUGUCACACAGGGUACUUGCGUCCGUCUUGCUCGCCCAGGAAGGCGCAAUUCGUCGAACGUCGAGGGUGCGGCCCCAUCCA